CGGCGGCGGCGCCGGGCGGAGGUGGCGACGAUGGAGCCGGGAUACGGUGGCUAUGGCACCUGGAGCACCGGGGCCACCGGCACCCAGGGUUCCUACGGCACCAACACGAGCAGCUGGCAAGGUUACGAGGGUUACGAGUUCUACCCCUCGCAGAGCUCGGCCCCCACCGGAGGCUCCUACAGCUCCUACGGGGGAGGGGCAGCCCCGGGCGGCUCCUGGGACCCCCCCAAGGCCGAGCUGGGGCUGGGAUCCGCUGAGGGAGCGGCGUUCGGAGCGGGAUCCGCCUUUGGAUCAGGAUCUGGAGCUGCCUUUGGAUCGGGAUCUGCCUUUGGAUCAGGGUCUGGAGCUGCCUUUGGGUCAGGAUCCACUGGAUCCACCUUUGGAUCGGGGUCUGGAGCCGCCUUUGGAUCAGGAUCCACCUUUGGAUCGGGAUCGGGAUCCACCUUCGGAUCAGGAUCUGGAGCCGCCUUUGCCUCAGGAUCUGGAGCUUCAUUUGCCUCAGGAUCUGGAGCCACUUUUGGAUCAGGAUCUGGAUCUGCCUUUGCCUCAGGAUCUGCUGGAUCCACCUUUGGAUCAGGAUCUGGAACCAGUUUUGGCUCAGGAACCAAUUUCGGAUCGGGAUCAGGAACCAAUUUCGCCUCAGGAUCCGGAUUCGCCUCAGGAUCUGGAGCUGCUUUUGCCUCAGGAGCCACUUUUGGCUCAGGAUCUGCUGGAUCCACCUUUGGCUCAGGCUCUGGAUCCACCUUUGGGUCAGGAACCAAUUUUGGGUCAGGAACCAAUUUUGGAUCAGGAACCAAUUUCGGAUCCAGCUCCACCUCGGGAUCCGCCCUGGGCUCCUCCAGCUCCAACCCCGACUCCAUCAUCGCCAAAAUCAACCAGAGACUGGAUCUGCUGGCCAAGGAGGGCAGCCCUGGGGAUGGCCCCGAGCAGCACCACAGCUCCUUCCGCUUCGACUCCCUGGGCUCCUUCUCGUCCCGUGACUCCCGUCUGGACCGUGACGACCCCUUUGGAGCCCCCCGGGGUGACCCCUUUGUGCCCCCCCCGGGCCGUUGCCCCCCCCGGGCCGCUCUGGGCUCUGCCCGUUCCCGGUGCCCCCCCCGUUCCCGCCGCCCCCCGUCCCCGUCCCCGUUCCCGGUGCCGUCCCCUCGCUGGGGCUCCCCCCGGGCCCUGCCCUCGCUCUUCUCGCAGGCGCUGCAGUUCCCUGAUUAUCCCGGGGAUUAUCCUGGGGAUUAUCCUGGGGAUUAUCCUGGGGAUUAUCCCGGGGAUUAUCCCGGGGAUUUUCCCGAUUUCCCGGGAGAUUUUCCCGGGGAUUUUCCCGGCGAGCUGGGGGUGCCCCCCAUGGGCCGGGGUCCCUUCGGCCUCAGGAGGAGGGACAGGACGGGAACGGGAGCGGGAGCGCUGCCCUGGAACGGCCUGCACAUGGGCCGCCGCCGGGGGCUCCGCGCUCGCUCCGGGGGGCGCUGGGAGCCCGAGGGGCCCCGGAAACGGAAACGCUCCGGGAACAACGACGGCAACGAGGGCGGGAACGAAACCGGGAAUGACGGGAAUGAAACCGGAAACGGAACCGGAAAUGGAACCGGGAAUGAGGCCGGGAAUGGAACCGGGAAUAACGACGGGAAUGACGGGAAUGGAACCGGGAAUAACGACGGGAAUGGAACCGGGAAGGAGCCCGGAAGCAGCGACGGGAACGAGGAGCCCAAACAGCCCCUGAGCGACAGCGACUCCGAGCGCG